UUUGUGAACGGUUUCAGUCUGGUUUUAAGCCCCUUCACAGCACUGAAACUGCUCUUUUAAAGUUUUUAAUGAUCUUUUGUUAAACCUUAAUUCUGGUAACUGUGCCAUUUUAAUUCUUCUUGACCUAACAGCGGCGUUUGACACAGUGGAUCACACAAUUCUCCUGUCACGCCUAGAGCAUUGUGUAGGUAUAAAAGGCACUGCUUUGAGUUGUUUUAAAUCGUACCUCUCUGACAGAUCCUUUUCUGUUCAUAUGGGGCAGUUUUCCUCCUCAGUGGCCCCUCUGACCUGCGGGGUCCCCCAGGGGUCAGUUCUGGGCCCCCUAUUGUUCUCCCUUCUGACGUGCAGGUGUUUUUGCCGUUAAAAAUUCCCUCCAAAGAUUCCCUUCAGGCCGUGCUAAACUGCAUAAGUGACAUUAAAACAUGGAUGGACUUAAACUUCUUAAAAUUAAAUGAAAACAAAACAGAGGUUGUCCUGUUCGGUCGUCCUGAUUUCAUUCAGGUCCUUACCACCUCCCUGGGCCCACUAGCACCUUACAUGAGAUCCCACGCUAGGAAUCUUGGUGUGAUUAUUGAUGGUGCUUUUAAGCUAGACAAACAGGUCAGCUCAGUGGUCAAGUCUAGCUUUUUUCAGCUGAGGCUUUUAGCCAAAGUUAAACCCUAUCUAAGCCAGAAAGACCUCGAAAAAGUUAUCCAUGCUUUUAUUACCUCUCGUUUAGAUUACUGCAACUCCCUGUACGUCGGCAUUGAGCAAUCACAGCUUAACCGCCUGCAGCUUGUUCAGAAUGCACCAGCCCGUCUCCUAACUGGGACAAAGAAAUGCGAGCACAUAACUCCGGUGCUCUCUUCACUUCACUGGCUUCCGGUUAGAGCCCUCAGAUCAGCGACUCAGAUGGUCUUGGAUGUUCCUGGAUCACUAUGGAAAACUAGAGGAGAUCGAGCCUUUGCAGUCGCGGCUCCCACGCUGUGGAACGCAUUACCGUUGACUGUGCGGACUGCGAAUAGCCUCUCCACUUUUAAAUCACUGCUCAAGACUCACUUGUUCACCUUGGCUUUUGGUUGAGUACAGUCACCUCUAUUUGGUCUUUUACCUUUGUUAUAUUUCACUGUAUAAAUGUUUUUUGUGUGUUGUUGUUGUUCUUGCUUAUUUAAAGCCAUAGUUGGUAAUCCUGUUCAGAAACACUUCUUGUUAUACUGGGUAAAAUGGUCCUUCCAUCCUGAGAGUAGGCAAUACAUAAUGUGUUCAGAAAAAGGAAUGAAAAAAAUCCAACCUCUGUGGCAGCUGCAGGCCUGUAAAAACUCUGACCAAUCCCUGCCAUUCGGUGCGAAUGGAAAGAACCAAUCAGAUGCCUUUAUGUCUCGUAUUGCCUGAGCCCCCCUCCGUUCCUCCCUGCGCCCAUUCAUCAUAUGUCACCAUUGCCGGAAAUAUUUAGCACACUCCUCAGCAGAAAUACCAAGUUAACAGGAGUUUGCUGAACAAUGGGCAGAGAAAAUGCAGCCAAAAGUACCACUUCCAGUGUUACUUGUAAUGGCUCAUCCCACUAAACAGGCUAAGAAGAGAAAGUCAGAGGCAGAGAAGGCUGCGACGAAAAGGGCUUUGGAUAAAGUGAGAGGACAAACCAGACAUCAACAGCAGUCCAGCUUUUGAAUGGUGGAGACAACUGAGGGAGCUGAAGGGCCUGAAAAGUGAUGCAGAGGUUGCUGUCUUUCUGUUGGACAGGAGUUGCACACUGUCGUGAUGAUUGGAUCUCUGAAUCAGAGUUGGAAGUGACAGUCACUCCAGGAGACAACAUCACUCUCUACUGUGACUAUAAAUUAUCCUCUGGAGAACUUAUAGUGUGGUACAGGAACUGCUCUCAUGAGAACCAGCCCUCUCUCGUCCUAAAACUAAAUCGUAAUGUGUGGAGACAGUCCACUAUUGCUGCCAGCCUUCUGAAUCCUCUUCCUCGUUUCCACUUUGUGAGAAACUAUGUGUCUGACUCCUAUGACCUGCUGAUUGUAAACGUCACUGAUUCUGAUGAGGGCCUCUACUACUGUGGAAGUGAACAGAAACAAGUGGAGGACAAAGGACAAAUUACUUCGAAAAAUAUUUACAGAUACGGCACCAAUACAACAAGGAUCAUCACAGUACUCAACUCCACUGAGCCUUACCGCCCGAUUACACAAGACUGUGGUGUGUGCUGGAUGCUGCUGUUCUCUCUGUGUCCAGCUCUCACUGUUCUCUGCUCUGUGCUCUCCUCUCUCCUGGUUUAUCACCUCUGUCGGGAAGCAGCUGAGGAACCUAAAGCUGAUAAGAAAAGACAUGACACCAGAGGCCUAACAAGAGGGGAAAAGGAUGAAGAUGUGUGUUAUGCUGCAGUGGAAAUCCGCGAGACAUCACAGAGACCAAAGAAGAAAACCCAGAGCUCAGACUUCACCACCUAUUCUGCCAUCAAUGCUUGUAGGAUGUAGAGAGCCUUACAAUUUACACAAAUAUAUAUAAAUUGUGACAUUACUUUAUUAGAGUUUAGAUUUCUACCAUUUAGUUCCCUUGCAAACAAACAGCAAUGAAAUAUGUGUGAAAUAUGGGUAAGGUUUUUC